UCAACCACGUUUUAAUUCACACAGAGCCACAACACAACACCACCAAUCAUCAAAAAAUCAAAUCACAACAUUUCUCUCUUCUCUCGAUUUGAAUCCAUUUCGUUCUCAGGAAUUGUGGAGCGGCUUGAUUUGAUAUCGUCGAUCUGUGACAAUGGGAGAGACUAGUAUCGACAUGGAGGAAGGCACUCUCGAGAUCGGAAUGGAGUACAGAACUGUCUCUGGGGUUGCAGGACCCUUGGUCAUCCUUGACAAAGUGAAGGGUCCAAAGUACCAGGAGAUUGUUAAUAUUCGUUUAGGAGAUGGAUCCACUAGACGUGGUCAGGUCUUGGAGGUUGAUGGGGAGAAAGCUGUUGUCCAGGUUUUUGAAGGAACGUCUGGAAUUGACAACAAAUUUACCACCGUGCAAUUCACUGGAGAGGUACUGAAAACGCCUGUAUCAUUGGACAUGCUUGGGCGCAUAUUUAACGGCUCAGGAAAGCCAAUUGAUAAUGGCCCUCCUAUUUUGCCUGAGGCAUACCUUGAUAUUUCUGGAAGCUCAAUCAACCCCAGUGAAAGAACCUACCCUGAAGAGAUGAUACAAACGGGGAUUUCUACCAUUGAUGUCAUGAACUCCAUUGCUCGUGGACAGAAGAUUCCUCUUUUCUCUGCUGCUGGUCUACCACAUAAUGAAAUCGCUGCUCAAAUUUGUCGUCAGGCUGGUCUUGUUAAGCGGUUGGAAAAGACUGAGAACUUAAUUCAGGAGGACCAUGGAGAAGACAAUUUUGCAAUUGUUUUUGCAGCUAUGGGUGUGAACAUGGAGACAGCCCAGUUCUUCAAGCGUGAUUUUGAAGAAAAUGGAUCGAUGGAAAGAGUUACCCUUUUCCUGAACCUGGCCAAUGACCCAACCAUCGAGAGAAUUAUCACUCCUCGAAUUGCCCUUACGACCGCUGAAUAUUUGGCUUAUGAAUGUGGGAAGCAUGUGCUGGUUAUAUUGACAGACAUGAGUUCUUAUGCAGAUGCUCUUCGUGAGGUUUCUGCUGCUCGAGAAGAAGUUCCUGGAAGACGUGGAUAUCCGGGUUAUAUGUAUACAGAUCUUGCAACUAUCUAUGAGCGGGCAGGACGUAUUGAAGGAAGAAAGGGUUCCAUUACCCAAAUCCCUAUCCUGACUAUGCCUAAUGACGAUAUCACUCACCCUACUCCGGAUCUUACUGGUUACAUUACUGAGGGUCAGAUAUAUAUUGAUAGGCAACUUCACAACAGACAGAUAUAUCCACCCAUUAACGUGCUUCCAUCACUUUCUCGAUUAAUGAAGAGUGCUAUUGGUGAAGGAAUGACUCGCAAAGACCAUUCUGAUGUGUCCAACCAGCUGUAUGCAAAUUAUGCAAUCGGGAAAGAUGUUCAAGCCAUGAAAGCUGUUGUUGGAGAAGAAGCUCUUUCUCCUGAGGAUCUGCUGUAUUUAGAGUUUCUGGAUAAAUUUGAGAGGAAGUUUGUGAUGCAAGGGGCAUAUGAUACAAGAAACAUCUUCCAGUCGCUUGACUUGGCAUGGACACUGCUCCGUAUCUUCCCACGUGAGCUUCUUCACCGUAUUCCCGCUAAGACACUUGAUCAAUUCUACAGCCGUGACUCCACAAACUAAGCCUUUUAAACAACCUCACUAUUACUCCAUCCUCAUCUUGUUUGGAACUUAAAAUCAUAUCUAGAGAAGAAAACAGGAUUGAUUGCGUGAAACACCAAAAAAACUCAGAGAAUUGUGAAUUUCCGAUUUUUUUUCUAUUUGUUUCUCGUUUGUAUAAUAAAAGGUUUGUGUAGGGAAACUUCGUACAAAAAGCUAUUUAUAAGCCCUUCUGCUGCAUCUGUUUUCCAAACUGGUGAAUCAUGUCAUUUUGUUAUUGUGUAAUAAAUUUCUUUCUUCGCUUUUA